AUUGGCCGGGUCGGCUUAUGUAACAUACCUAGGCUAGCUAGUAGGCUGCGACAUCAUCACUUCGACUGAAGCAGUCAUUAUUCAAGCCAGUUUAUGCGCACACCUGAUAUCUACAUUUUUCCCGACAUACCAACUGUAUAAUACACUAGUCGAGACACCAUGGAAUCCGAGAACCGUUUAUGGCGAUUUACCAAACCAGACUGGCUCAACAACUCAGCUAUCCGGACCACCGGCGUCUACACAUCCGGCGCACUGUUCUCACUUGGUUUCUUCUUCCUCAUCGAUGCCGCCGCGUUCUCAGCCAGUCCGAAAAACGGCUCCGACGUGCACGUGAAGUUUGUUGACUGGGUCCCCGGUAUCUGCUCUGCACUAGGGAUGCUUGUGAUCAACUCCAUCGAGAAGUCACGAUUGAGCGCGGAUAGUUUUAGUUAUAGCGGUAGCGGUGUAGCCUGGAAAGCGCGCUUUGUGUUGUUCCUCGGCUUUGCGUUGCUUGCCGGUGGUUUGGCUGGGAGUGUAACGGUCAUGGUCCUCAAAUAUGUCUUGAAGCAGUACCCAUUACAAACGAUGUACUUUGGCAUCGCCAACGUCAUUGCAAACAGUUUAGUUAUGCUCAGCUCGGUUGUACUCUGGAUAUCUCAGAACAUGGAGGAUGAUUAUACCUACAAUCUGGCUCUUUAAUUGAAUCUCAACUACAGCUUGAUCAAUACAUCCACAGAAAAUCAUCCUAGGCGCGUCUUCCAUUGUGUUCUGUUUGGCUUCGCCUUGACUUUGCGCCGAUACCUAUAUUUUUAUGAGCUUGACGUUGGGAAUUUAGUUUGCAUCGAAAUCAGUAGGACUAUUAAAUAUCAUGCUAUUCUUAAUUGUAAUAUCAGGCCUAUUUCAUGACUUUACGUACGAAUACAACAAAUUAUUGAUGUGAG